CAGAACUCAAUUUUACAUUCCUGGCCAUGGAUCUGUACGCGGAUUUGCCGCUGGCCAAGGGCGCGAAGGCGUCCUCAGCGCUCGAUGCAGAUGGCAAGCCUAAAGCCUCCCUGUCCUCUACCAGUUCCGGUACGUGUUUCAUCUGGGUCACGCCCAAUGUCUUCUAAGCUCCACCACAAAAAGACCCACCAACUCCUCUCUAUAUCUCUGUAAAUCCCGCCUUUUCUCGCCUUCUAGUAUGGGCCAGCGCGCCGUUGAUGGUGCCACAAGCGGCCAAGAACAAGAACAACAAUCGCCCGACAGCGGUAGUCACCAGUGUAGGGUUUUGUGGCCACAGGCAAGAGAUUUCGAUGGUGUAAAGACUCAUGACGAUGUUCGAAUGUCCGUUAUUGCGGGCAGAGCAUGUCGAUGCUGCCCGCUGCAUUGGCCGCAGGAAGAGGCAAAAGCCCGAUGCGCUCGGCCAUCUCAUUGGCCUUCAAGCCAGCGUCGGUGGCCAGGAGAGCGAUGGCGGCCAACGUAGGAUUCCAGAAGGAGCAGAAGGACAAACCGGAGGCAGCCCGGCCAAUAGGCAGUGGACUGGGAUACGUUGCGGCCACGGAGGUGAAGGUGACGUCACUGCAGCAGCAUCAGAAACAGGAGAAGGAGGACGUGGAUGUGGGUCUUGAUGCCGCUGGAGGACACUUUUUCCAGGUCACAUAUCGAGACGAGUACCAUCCUGCACGACCUAACAGCUACGAAGUGUACUGCAAGGAAAGAGAGGACAGAAAGAAAAUGGAAGAAGUGAAGAAGGAGCUGACUCGACGGCAAAGAGAGCAAGAAAGAGAGGGCAAACUGGAGCGUGAGCAAUUGGCAAAGGAUCUGGCUGAAGGUCGAGCGCCAACGAUGAAGCUACCGGCACCUGCUGGACGCGGACGAGGCAUGACUAUGCCGGCUUGGAUGCGCAAGAAAAUUGAAGAAAGCGCUGCUGUGGCCGCGUCACAGCCCGAGAGUGAGCAUGAUGGCGACCGAGACAGGGAAUCGAAGAGCUCAGAGAUGAAUGCAACUGCUACUGAGGGGCAGUUUGAAGACGCCGUGGAGCGACGAGGCGGCCUGGGAUUCUCGAACAGGGGCAUUGGAUUCUCUUCGUCCGGAGUAACAGCCGAAUCAAAUGCUAAACCUCGAGGGAACACUUCGAGUGGUGGCCAUCACGAUAGCAAGGAUAGAGAUUCUGCACACAGACCAGAGCUGGAUGAGUUUGGGAGAGAAAUUCGACCAAAGCGAAAAUAUGGAGACCAGCGCGAAGGUCGUAGGGUGAGCUCGAGCAACUACGACGACAGGCGCGACAUCUGGAACAGGAACAGUGCAAGCGAUUCUUCUAAUGAGAAGCGGCGGCGUACAAGCGGCUGGGAUCGUAGAUCGCCAGUGAGAGCGUCUUUAACUAGCUCUGUGGUGCUACUACAGGUGAGAAACUAUCGCCAACGUAGCUGCGUAUCGAUCCCUGCUGAUUAAGUGUGUGCGUUGUUAGAAUAUGGUUGGGCCAGGUGAAGUGGACGAUGAAUUGCAAGAAGAGGUUAAGGAGGAAUGCUCUGAGAAGUAUGGCCCUGUGAUAAAGUGUGUGAUCUACGAAGUGACCGGAAGAGUCCCACCUGAAGAAGCAGUUCGAACAUUCGUCCAGUUCAAGAAUGCAGGAGAUGCUACGAAAGCUUUGACAGGGUUGAAUGGACGAUUUUUUGGAGGUCGCAAGGUCAAAGCUGUGUACUAUGACGAGGGCAAAUUUCAGAGAAUGGACCUAAACAGCCAGUAGAGAAAGACACUUACAAAUCACCAUGUAAGUGAGUUAUGGACACGCUUUAUUUGUUUGACAACUACAUGUCGUUUGUGUGACCGUGCAUCAGAGUAGCAUUGUGAUGAUCAAUAGUGCAUUCAAGUUUGAGCUUGGCGAACAAAAGACUUACAUUAUUCCUGUGGAUAAUGCAGCACGACGGCUAUGGAAAUAACAGCAAACGAUGUGUACAACGCCAGUAGAGUGUAGCAAAGCCGCGGGCGGUAUCGAAAGCCGUCGUACGAUGCGAUCCCAAUGUUCAGCAGCAAACUCAGCAAGAGGUAUCCGAAGCUCAUGUAAACCAACGGCGACGGCUCGCCCAUGGAGAGAGGGCCCCGUGAAAUGAUGGCGAUCGUAAGUGACAACCCAACGCCGACCAGCAAGUUGAACAUUGGCCCCGCAAAGCAGCCCGCGAACGCCAUAGUAGGGAAUCCAUCGCGUGCGAUCGCCAUGUUGGAUACGAGGUCUCCAAUAGAGUUUCCCCACGCCAGAACCUGUGAAUCAUUCAACAAACCCACGACAGUUAGACUCUAUACUAUUUCUGAAGCCUCACAAGACCAUGAACGCACCGAUACUCCUAGAACGGAGCUGGAAAUCCCGAAGAGCUGACCCAGUGUCUCCAAAACAGCAAGCACUUCAUUGGCAAUGUUCAUGAUCCAAAUGACCGACAUGACAAAAGCCAAGCAAAUCAAAAGCGCCAAUUGCCAGCCUUCUGGCGGUGUAAGUGGAGAAGUGGAGUACUCGAUGGUAGCGCUGAAUAUUCCACCCACAACGAUGACCGUCAUUAGGAAAACGGGAUCUUCAAAGCUGAAAGAAAACACCGAUAUGCCGAACAACAGCAUCGCGAAAGGUGGGCACACUACAACCAGGUUCUUAUCCCACGUAUCCUCGUCCACCAGCGGGAUCGUUAGUCGUCGAAGAAACACAGUGAAGACUUCGAUAGGAGUCCAAAUGAACCGCAUAAAGGCCCAAUAGAUACCUCCUCCCGCUCGGAUAAUAAGUCUUCUCCACCGCUUCGCUUGGACCUUUACUCGAUCGAAGGAAGACACAGCCAUACUCGCCUCCAGAGCAAGUUCUUCUUCUUCUUUGGCUUCCUGCUCCUUUCGUUGUGUCUCGUCCUCUGAUGCUUCUUCCAC